AUGCACUAUAAUCUCAUCAAAUCAAUCACCUGGCCUCCGAUUGUGGAGGAGGCUUUGUUUGGUCCUGGCCAUGGUCACUUGGAGGCUGCUGAACCCGGCUCCGUUGCCCGCUUGCCCCACUCUGGCUAUCAUGAAAAGGUGCAGAUUGAUGGAGGGAUGUGGACGGAGGAGCGUUUGAUAUCCGCAGACCAACCGGACAGACGACUGCAGUCUCCAGAUGUAUCACGGAGGAAACUACUUCAGAUGCCGGGAACUGCACUUCCCUUUCCUCCCCUCAAGGUGUUGUCCAAUGGGGAGCCGUGCCUCCUGUUCCAGGCCAGGAAGCUGUCUCUGCGCUAUGAUAAGCAGAAGCAGCUGGACCUGACAGAGAGAACCUUUUCUCCUCAGAAACCUGUCGACACCAGCCAGUCUGUCUGCCGUCAGGAUAAGGCCACGCUGGUGAUGAGGUUUGGAGAUGUGGAGGAUUUGAGAGGUCUGUCCAUCAGACUGCAGCUGUCCAACACUUUCUACGAGUCUUCAAGUCAGUGGUGGUUCUCGGUGGAAAGCGUCUCUCUGCUCUACAACACCUCUGAGGAGGCUGUGUUCAACGUCAGUGAAGUGUACGCUCCAACCUCCUCCUCCUACCAUUGCCUCCAUGUCAGCAGCCUGCAGCGCCACAGCGCCCUGCUGCUGCCCAGCACCGACCACGCUCGCCUCUGGGCCGUGACCUUCACCAACUUCCAGAUUCAGGCCUUCAACGUCACUUCCGGUAAAUUUUCUCCUGCGAGCGACUGCGCCACGUUUCUGACGCCGGCCAUCCUGAUGGGCCUCGUCACUUCCCUCAUCCUGCUGCUGGUCCUGGCCUACGCCCUGCACAUGGUCAUCCACCUGAAACACAUCGAGCAUGACGACGAACACAAGGCCGACGUCUACUACCCACAUAACCCCGAACAGCCUGAACACUGCUGCGUGGAAAAUGUUGCGGAGAAGAAUUUUCUGUAGUGUAGCGAAUAAGAUAAUGAUAGACUUUUGACACAGAGACACAGCUGAUUUGAUGCUGAACAACAUCUGGCACCAAACCUCUGGUGUGACGAUAUACUUUCAGCUCAGGAUUAGAUUUUUAAA